AUGAAUCAGUCUAGAUCUACAUCACAUGAUGGUGGUGAAGAAACCGUAUUUCAAGACCAUGAUCAUCCUGAAAAUGAGAGAAGAUGGCAACAAGAGCGUCUUCACAGAGAGGAAGCUUACUAUCAGUUUAUUAGUGAACUCAGUGAUGAAGAUUACCGGCUAAUGAGAGACCAUAAUCUUUUAGGCACCCCGGGGGAAAUAACAUCAGAAGAACUACAACAGCGGUUAAAUGGAGUCAAGGAACAAUUGGCAUCUCGGCCUGACUUUAGAAAUGGGACAAAUACCAGAGACUCAGCAGUCCCUAGAGAAAGUUUAGAUGAAGAUUUUCUACUAGAAUGGCUAAAUACCUUUCGUCGCACAGGCAAUGCAAUUCGAAGUGGACAAAAUGGGAACCAAACUUGGAGAGCUGUGAGUCGAACAAAUCCGAAUAGUGGAGAGUUUCGGUUUAGUCUGGAAAUCCACAUCAAUCAUGAGAAUAGAGGAUUUGAAACUCAUGGUGAAGAUAAUAUAGGCAUUCCACUUUCAGAUAUUAGCAGUGAUCAUACUACAAAUAGACAGCAAAGAUCAACUAGUCCUGUGGCUAGGCGAACAAGAAGCCAAACCUCAGUAAAUUUCAGUGGUGGUGGUUCCAACAUUCCAAGAACUAGGCUUGACUCAAGCGGGCAGAAUUCAGUAGAAAGAUUUUUCUCAACCUCAGGAAGUUUAAGAAAUGGAACUAGGAGACUAGUUAGCAUGCCUAGAACUAGUGCUCCACGUGCUAAUUUCAGUAGUCACACACACCAGUCAGGUGAUAGUGAACUCACACAAAGGGAGGGGCAGCGAUUUGGAGCAGCACAUGUUUGGGAAAAUGGUGCUAGAACUAAUGUGACAGUGAGGAAUACAAACCAAAGAUUAGAGCCAAUAAGAUUACGGCCUACUUUCAGUAGUCGAAGCCGUUCACCAAUUCAGAGACAGAGUGACACUGCUUAUCACAAUUCACAAAGAGAAGGUAGAUCUUUACAACAAAACAUUAGAAGGCUUUCGAGGAGGAGAGGUAUGACUCGUGUCCUUUUAGAACAAGAUAGAGCACACAGAGGAACAGCAUAUACCCCAUUCUCUAGCUCAAGACUCGUGUCAAGAAUAACAGUAGAAGAAGGAGAAGAAUCUAACAGACCCUCAAGUGCUGCACGACAUCCAACAAUCACACUGGACCUUCAAGUGAGAAGGAUUCGCCCUGGAGAGAACAGAGAUCGGGAUAGUAUUGCAAAUAGGACUCGAUCUCGAGUAGGGCUAGCAGAAAAUACAGUCACUAUUGAAAGCAAUAGCGGGGGCUUUCGCCGAACUAUUUCUCGUUUAGAGCGGUCAGGUGUUCGGACCUAUGUUAGUACCAUAACAGUUCCUCUUCGUAGGAUAUCUGAGAAUGAGCUUGUUGAACCAUCCUCAUUAGCUCUUCGGUCAAUUUUAAGGCAGAUCAUGACUGGAUUUGGAGAACUAAGUUCUCUAAUGGAGGCCGAAUCUGAGUCAGAGAUUCAGAGAAAUGGCCAGCAUUUACCAGAGAUGGAUUCAGAACUAAGUAACUUAGUGAAUGACAUCAGCGAGCACCAUGAAGAUUCCUCUCAAGACAGAUGGGCCCAAGAAGACAACACUGAAAUGAGUGGUGAAGAUGAGACCACUCAGCCUCAUAACCAGAACAGUGAUAGAAGAGGUAGACUGUUGCAGAAUUCAAAUAACUUAGUGGAAACUGGAACACUACCUAUUCUUCGCCUUGCUCACUUCUUUUUACUAAAUGAAAGUGAUGAUGAUGAUCGCAUACAUGGCUUAACCAAAGAGCAGAUUGACAAUCUUUCUACCCGGAACUAUGAGCAUAACAGUAUUGACAAUGAACUAGGUAAAAUCUGUAGUGUUUGUAUCAGUGACUAUGUAACUGGAAACAAGCUCAGGCAAUUACCUUGCAUGCACGAAUUUCACAUCCAUUGUAUUGACCGCUGGCUCUCAGAGAAUUGCACUUGUCCUGUAUGUCGACAUCCUGUCUUAGGGUCCAGUAUAGUAUACAAUGGAUGA